AUGAUGAGGGUUCUAAAGAUUGUUUUAGCAUUGUUUCUUCUUCUUUCUAUACUUCAUGUUCAGCCAAACCAAGCAAGUAGGGUUAUGAAUAUGAAGAAGCAAUUAGGGCAGAUGCAAACUCUAGACAAGGGUCCUACCCCGCCCUCGAGGCCGUCGACCUGCACAUCCAUCCCUGGCAGCGGCGGCAAUAAUUGCCCGCCGGUGAAUGAAAUGAAUGUUGCCGGCAACGUUAUUCGUCAUCCGCCUAUCGGCUCCGCCUUCAAUUAGGUGUUUCAUUAAAUCAACAAUGAAAUAUUCUUUUAAUGAAGCAAGGA